CGGGCGGGCGCCUCCCUCUCACUCCCUCGGCUGCGAGCGCCGGCGGUGGCUGCCGGAGGAGAGGCCCCUCCUUCUCGCCCCGCUCAUUUCUCUCGCUCGCGGCCGAGCGGGCUCCCGACCCUCCGCUGGCCAUGGCCGGCAACGUGAAAAAGAGCUCGGGAGCCGGCGGCGGCGGCUCGGGGGGCUCGGGCUCUGGCGGCCUGAUCGGGCUCAUGAAGGACGCCUUCCAGCCGCACCACCACCACCACCACCUCAGCCCGCACCCUCCCGGCACGGUGGACAAGAAGAUGGUGGAGAAGUGCUGGAAGCUCAUGGACAAGGUGGUGCGGUUGUGUCAAAACCCAAAGCUGGCGCUCAAGAACAGCCCACCUUAUAUCUUAGACCUGCUACCUGACACCUACCAGCAUCUCCGCACGGUCUUGUCAAGAUAUGAGGGGAAGAUGGAGACACUUGGAGAAAAUGAGUAUUUUAGAGUGUUCAUGGAGAAUUUGAUGAAGAAGACUAAGCAGACUAUAAGCCUCUUCAAGGAGGGAAAAGAAAGAAUGUAUGAGGAGAAUUCUCAGCCUAGGCGAAACCUAACCAAACUAUCCCUGAUCUUCAGCCACAUGCUGGCAGAACUGAAAGGUAUCUUUCCAAGUGGACUCUUCCAAGGAGACACUUUCCGGAUUACUAAAGCAGAUGCUGCAGAAUUUUGGAGAAAAGCUUUUGGGGAAAAGACAAUAGUUCCUUGGAAGAGCUUUCGACAGGCCCUUCAUGAAGUACACCCCAUCAGUUCUGGGCUGGAGGCCAUGGCUCUGAAGUCCACUAUUGAUCUGACUUGCAAUGAUUAUAUAUCUGUUUUUGAAUUUGAUAUCUUUACACGACUGUUUCAGCCUUGGUCCUCUUUGCUGAGAAAUUGGAACAGCCUUGCUGUAACUCACCCUGGUUACAUGGCUUUCUUGACUUACGAUGAGGUGAAAGCCCGGCUCCAGAAGUUUAUUCACAAACCUGGCAGUUACAUCUUUCGGCUGAGCUGUACUCGUCUGGGUCAGUGGGCUAUUGGGUACGUUACUGCUGAUGGGAACAUUCUGCAGACAAUCCCACACAAUAAACCGCUCUUCCAAGCACUGAUUGAUGGCUUCAGGGAAGGCUUCUAUUUAUUUCCUGAUGGGCGAAAUCAAAAUCCUGACCUGACAGGUUUAUGUGAACCAACUCCACAAGAUCAUAUCAAAGUAACCCAGGAACAAUAUGAAUUAUACUGUGAGAUGGGCUCCACAUUUCAACUAUGUAAAAUAUGCGCUGAAAAUGAUAAGGAUGUAAAGAUUGAGCCCUGUGGUCACCUCAUGUGCACAUCCUGCCUUACAUCAUGGCAGGAAUCAGAAGGUCAGGGCUGUCCUUUUUGCCGAUGUGAAAUCAAAGGUACUGAGCCCAUCGUGGUGGAUCCAUUCGACCCCAGAGGCAGUGGCAGUCUCUUAAGACAAGGAACAGAAGGAGCUCCUUCCCCAAAUUAUGAUGAUGAUGAUGAUGAACGAGCUGAUGAUUCUCUCUUCAUGAUGAAGGAGUUGGCAGGUGCCAAGGUGGAAAGGCCUUCCUCUCCAUUCUCCAUGGCUCCACAAGCUUCCCUUCCUCCAGUGCCACCAAGACUUGAUCUUCUGCAACAGCGAGCAUCUGUUCCUGCUAGCUCUUCAGUUCUGGGGACUACUUCCAAGGCUGCUUCUGGCUCUCUUCAUAAAGACAAACCAUUGCCAAUACCUCCAACACUUCGAGAUCUCCCACCACCACCUCCUCCAGACCGGCCUUACUCUGUUGGAACAGAAACACGACCUCAGAGACGCCCCCUGCCUUGUACACCAGGCGAUUGUCCAUCUAGAGAUAAACUGCCCCCUGUCCCCUCUAGCCGCCCAGGGGACUCAUGGUUGCCUCGGCCAAUCCCUAAAGUACCAGUAGCUACCCCAAGCCCUAAUGAUCCUUGGAAUGGAAGAGAACUGACCAAUCGGCACUCACUUCCCUUUUCAUUGCCCUCACAAAUGGAGCCCAGAGUAGAUGUUCCUAGGCUUGGAAGCACAUUUAGUCUGGAUACUUCCAUGAAUAUGAAUAGCAACCCAAUAGCAGGUCCAGAGGGUGAACACCCAAAAAUCAAGCCUUCCUCAUCUGCCAAUGCCAUUUACUCUCUGGCUGCCAGGCCUCUUCCUGUGCCAAAACUGCCACCUGGGGAACAGGGGGAAAGUGAAGAGGACACAGAAUAUAUGACUCCCACAUCUAGGCCUGUAGGGGUUCAGAAGCCAGAGCCCAAACGACCUUUAGAGGCAACCCAGAGUUCACGAGCAUGUGACUGUGACCAGCAGAUUGACAGCUGCACAUAUGAAGCAAUGUAUAACAUUCAGUCCCAAGCACUAUCUGUAACGGAAAACAGUACCUUAGGGGAAGGGAAUUUGGCUACAGCCCACACCAGCAUUGGCCCUGAAGAAUCAGAAAAUGAGGAUGAUGGCUACGAUGUGCCUAAGCCACCUGUGCCGGCUGUACUGGCUCGCCGGACUCUGUCCGACAUCUCCAAUGCCAGCUCCUCCUUUGGCUGGUUAUCUCUGGAUGGUGAUCCUACAACAAGCUUCAAUGAGAGUUCCCAAGUUCCUGAGCGGCCCCCUAAACCAUUCCCUCGGAGAAUCAACUCUGAACGAAAAGCAAGUAGCUGUCAGCAAGGUGGAGGUGCCACUGCUAACCCUGCUUCCACGGCCCCCUCACCACAGCUCUCGAGUGAGAUUGAGCGUCUCAUGAGUCAGGGCUACUCCUACCAGGACAUUCAGAAAGCUUUGGUCAUUGCCCACAACAACAUUGAAAUGGCCAAAAACAUCCUCCGGGAAUUUGUUUCUAUUUCUUCUCCUGCCCACGUAGCUACCUAGCACAUCUCUUCCUGCCGUGACUUCAGAGGACCCAUGAGCCAGGCUUCCACUCAAGGAGCACCUAGGAAAGCAGUGGCUUCUUUUGGGACAUCACAGUGAGGUCCCACCUUUUCUGUGGGUAUCGGUCGACACCCACGGUUCCAAGAUUUCAAAGCAGUGGAAUGACUAUGGAGCAGCUAGUGUGUUCACUGUUGUGUUGGUCUUACGAGUGUGUUUGUAGUCCUUCAGUCCCCAUUAGGAGAGAGUGGAUUUUUAUUACAUGGUAACCAACCCCUGGAGCAGUACAGAAAGCAGUAGAAGUGCUGUGCUGUAGUCCUAGUUAAGGACUUUAGACUUUCCUGUUGAGGGAGGGUGUCUGUCUGUCCGUCCGUCCGUCCUUCCUUCCUUCCUAUGAUUAUAAGAUUAUCCUGCUGUGUGUGAAUCCAUGCAGGGAGUUAGCACAAGAGCUUCAGGAAGGAAUCUCUGAAGACUCCCAUCUACUGUGGUAUUGCACCUAACCCUGCUGGAUGUUAUAACCUCAACACUCCCCUUUGGCUUAGAUUAUCAUGUGCUUAGCUAAGUUUUACAGUGUCUGAAUACCCUCUUCCCUUUCCCCUGGAGACUCCUAACUUUACCGCCUCCUCAUUGGCGUCUGUAGGCUUGAAGUGACCUGAAGCCAGGCAGCUUUCAAGAUGUUCUUUCUAAUGUCUGAUUGUGUUGGUUUAUUUGGUAGAAAAGAUGGUAAGGAAAGUACUGUUCUGUGGUUACAGUUAUGAUUGAUGCUAGCACCUAACACUGGUCACUCCGAAGUGCUGUUUCUAUAGGAACAUUGAAUUUGUUAAAAUAAGAUGUUUGAAUUCUCCUAAUUACCUAAUGACUGGUUUGAGAUAGAGGCCUUCAUAUACAUUCCGUGUCUUCCCCAGGAAAUAGUCUGUGGGAGUCUGUUGCCUUGGUGCCAGGUAUGUGUUUCUGAUAUAGAUCAUGAGUCUUUCUACCUAAUAGGAACAGAAAGAAGAACAUUUGUUUCCAGGGUGGCUUUCCAGCCCAAAUACCAUAGAGUUUUUAGGAAGCUUCUGUCACAUACUAUUUAGAUUUACAAAAUAAACCAGUAAGGACUUAUCUAUUCA